AAAAAAAUCUUUUGUUUAAUACUUAAUUAUGAUUGGUUACAAAAACAUGAUUUCGAUCCUAUUUUUAUGAUGAAAAAACGAGUAAAGUUUAUUUCGUUAACACUUACGUUAAAUAUUCGUACGUUUUUGUAUUAACUUACAAAUCAAAUCGCAGUUAUGUCUGGACGUGGAAAAGGUGGAAAAGCUAAGGCUAAAGCCAAGACAAGAUCCUCAAGAGCUGGACUUCAAUUUCCAGUCGGUAGAGUGCAUAGAUUCCUUCGUAGAGGGCACUAUGCUAACCGAAUUGGAUCUGGAGCACCAGUUUACUUAGCAGCCGUCUUGGAAUAUUUAUCUGCUGAGAUAUUGGAGUUGGCUGGUAACGCAGCAAGAGACAACAAAAAAGCUAGGAUUAUUCCAAGACAUUUACAAUUGGCUGUUCGUAAUGAUGAAGAAUUAAACAAACUUUUGAGCGGUGUAACCAUUGCAGCUGGUGGUGUUUUGCCAAACAUUCAAGCUGUCUUACUCCCAAAGAAGAACGACAAAGGACAGAAGAAGUAAACCGCUACACUCAGAAAACAACGGCUAUUUUUAUAGCCACACAUCUUUAAAAAAACAUUGUUUUUUUCACAAAACUAUAACCUUAAAGUCUAAUAGAUAAUCCAUGCAUACGCCUUGUCCUAAGUAACUCAAAGAAAUUAAAUAAAAAAAUUUGAUCACAACGUCAAAAUAAAUUGCACGUA